UGUGGUGUUGCGUUACUUGACGUUCCUGUCAGUCGACCUCCACGGUUGCCUUCCGCUCCGUCGUCACAAAUGAUCGGUACCAUCUUGCUUCGGAGGGACGAUAAUAACUCGAACUAAUCCACCACGUCCAUGGCCGUUAUCCCUUUCUCUUCUAGUAACCCCACCACUCUUUGAAAAUUCCGCCUAAAAAGAAAAAGAGUUCUGUCCCCUUCUUUGGGUUUUCAGCAAGCGUGUACAACAACUAUCCAGAGGAUCUAGGGGCAGCUCUCUACCGAGAGCCAUUUGACUUCAACGCCGAGCCCCCUUGGGAUCCUAGCUGAUGGUGGACGGGUUCAUCUCAGGACUCAUCCAUUUUGUUGCAUAAGCGAAGGACCCCAGGGGCUCGAGUAGGCGCGAGCAAGACCACUACGGACUAGCCACGUUCUUUAUGCCUGUCGGAUCAGAAGAAAACGGUUGAGAGGAUGAAAGGAAUCGCUGAUGAGCCGCAGUAUUCUGUCGGUCUGCUGGAGGCGGGCACAGCCCUCUGUGACGUGAUCAACCAACACAUUGAUGAGCAAACUCUGUCUGAGAAGAAUGCGUUCUUUGUAGCGGACCUGGGAGUUAUAAUGAGGCAGCAUGUUCGCUGGCGAACCCACAUGCCUCAAAUUCGACCUUACUACGCUGUCCGAUGCAACAGCAGUCCAGCUGUGAUUGAAGUUCUUGCGGUGCUCGGAGCUGGGUUCAUUUGUUCCAACAAGUCUGAGCUUGAGCUGGUCCAGAGCCACGGUAUUCCCUCUGAAGACAUCAUCUACAGUGGGAUUUGCAAGCAAGUCUCCCAAAUUAAAUACGCCGCAAAAAAUGGCAUUGACCUCCUAGUGUGUGACAAUGAAGCUGAGCUACGCAAGAUUUCUCGCUGCCACCCCAAUGCCAAGCUGCUGCUCCAGGUUUCAACGGAAGCAUCCAUUCCGAGCGAUGAGAUGAGCAUGGCCUUUGGCUGCUCCCUCAAGGACUGCAGGCAUCUGCUGGAGAAGGCUAAGGAGUUGGGUGUGCAGGUCGUUGGGGUCAGGUGCCACAUUUCCAGCGCCUGCGACGAUGACCAGGUGUACGUUCAUGCUAUAUCUGAUGCCCGUUGCGUCUUUGAUAUGGGGGAGGAUAUUGGCUUCAACAUGACAAUCCUGGACAUUGGAGGGGGCUUCAGUGGAUCAGAGAACCAGCUGGAAGUGAUCAAUAAAGCGGUCAUGUCUAUGGCGGACUUAUACUUCCCUCCUUCCACUGGGGUUUCCAUCAUUGCCGAGCCUGGCAGCUUCUUUGUGUCCUCUGCUUUCACUCUGGCUGUGAACAUCAUCUCCAAGGAGGUGGUGGCACGGGACCUAGCACAUGACGCUCCAUCUCCCAACGACGAGCCAGAGUUCCAGUACCACCUGAACGAGGGAGUGUACGGGCCAUUUGCCAGCAAACUCUCUGAAACACUGAUUGCUACUCCGUCUGUUCAUAAGCCCCCCCUGGAUGCUCCUCUGUUCAGCUGCAGCCUCUGGGGUCCGUCCGGGGAUGACCUGGACCAGGUGCUGGAGCACUGUCUGUUGCCUGAGCUCAACAUCGGAGACUGGCUCAUGUUCACCCAAGCGGGGGCCUACAGUAUGGGUCAUCCACUGUGCGCGGCCACCGACUCCCCCCCACCCCCAGAGUACUACAUCAUCUCCUCCAGAGACUGGUUUGAGAUGCAGGAUAUUGGUGUCACCCACGAGGCUACGCUGAAGAACUUCUCUGUGGUCCCUUAUUUCCUUGAUUACUGCCAAACAGCGGCUGGUCUGUCCGUCCCGGCCUAGCAGUCGGCGGACACACGGCAAGGCUUGCUGUCUGCUGUCCACAUUCGACCCGGAUAAACAAAGCCCGCUGGGAGGAUAUCACUGGGGACCAGACUGAAGUUAUUUGACAAACCCCAACCUAGCGUAAAGUAAGUGAUUAGUCCAGCGAAACCUAAGAAGACGUUAAUUAAUAUGCAACAAAACGGAUGACUCCCUAAAUAUAUAUAUGUAUUUUUUCCCUUUUGCUUUGGGUGUCCCAUAGCAUCACAGUUUACACACGUACAAUAGGCUUGUAAUUAUUUUAAAUGAUUGUUUGACAUGUAGUAUUAUGUCUUAAUUGCUUUUGCCUGAUUUGUAAAGUAAGAUAUGUAUCCCCGAGUGAAGCAGCGUAUUUAAACAGUAACACAGUGCAUAGUUUUCCUACAAGAUUUCUAUUUAUGAUUUUGAUUGGUUGUAUAGUUUAUUCGGUGUGACAAAAGCUUGAUUGAAUCACAUGUUGUUCAUCUCAGUGCUUUGGGGUUACACAUGAAGGUAAAUUAGUCCACAGCUGGAGAUGGGUGAAGAGAACCCAGUGUUUGAGUUUAUCUAACGUGCCGAACAGCUUGCUCCCACACCACUGAGGCGCCAGCAGGUAGCUGCUGCACCACGGCUUAGCAUGUGUUGCAGAGGAGACAAGGCAAGUGAUGAUGGAUGAACAAUCAGCUGAUGUAAUGGGGUCCUCAAAACAUAUUUUUGAAGUUCAAACUCUUACUUGCUUUUCACCUCAAAAUCUUCAUUGAAUUUUGUUUAAUAUUUAGGACUGUUUACAGAAUAUUAUUUUGCAACGUGUGCAUAUGUGAAGUUUUCUCCUAAUCUGUGUCCAAGGCUUGAUGUGAAAUAACUGUUUGUCAACAUGAAUAGUAAUAAACACCUCACUGACUGAAUUGUGAA